GGGAUUUCGUUUUUUUGCGUUCUCCCCUCCUCCUCCUGUCUCCAAAUGGAGAGUGGUCUUUUUUCUCAUCUAUUGAAUCUCAGAGUUCGCCGUGUCGCGCGGCCCAGGGGAAGACCACAGAGAACUCACAGAAUGCUCCGAUCGUCGAACUUUCCGAGCCACCGUUUUAUGUAUGGGAAGCGCUUCUUCCACUUCGGCUUUUAACGGAAUACACUUUUUUGGAGUAACGGUGAAUGUGCGAAGCGGUGGAGACCUCCGGAUCACGAAAUGUUGGGAUGGAAGGCUCAGACUUUGACUCGCCGUCUGCAGCAGGAGUAUGAAGUACUUCACGGGUGUGAGAUCACCGAGAGUGAAACUGUGUUGCCUUGGGAUAUCACUGCACGCUUUCGGGGAAAUAUUAUAACGUGGAAAACAAUAACCACCGCGCAGUCUCCGCACCAUGGCCUCGCCUGCUAAUGCCUCCUUCGAGCAGGAAAACAGGGACCCCGAUCGGCCGAGGAUAACGCGGAGAAACAGGGGGAACUAUCGCACAACAGCGCCGGAUUUAGAGUAUUUGCAGCGACCGAGCUACUGCGAUGCAGCUUUUGCAUUGGACCAAAUAUCAGAGGGGAAGGCGACUGGAAGGAAAGCACCGCUAUGGCUGAGAGCGAAGUUUCAGAGACUCUUGUUCAAGUUGGGCUGUUACAUACAAAAGAACUGCGGAAAGUUUUUGGUUGUUGGCCUCAUGAUAUUCGGAGCUUUUGCUGUCGGCUUGAGGGCAGCUAAUUUGGAGACCGACGUGGAGAAACUCUGGGUUGAAGUGGGGGGCAGGGUGAACCAGGAGCUGAAGUACACCCGGCAGCAGAUGGGGGAGGAGGCCAUGUUCAGCCCCCAGCUCAUGAUCCAGACGGCCCGCGAGGAGGGCGCCAGCGUGCUGACCCUGGAGGCGCUACGACAACACCUCGACUCAGCCAUCAGGGCCAGCCGCGUACAAGUUUACCUUUACAACAGCCAAUGGAAACUAGAAGAUUUAUGCUACAAAUCAGGAGAGUUUGUUACCGAAAUUCCUUUUGUGAACCAUAUCAUUGAAAACAUGCACCCCUGCCUCAUCAUCACCCCUCUCGACUGUUUCUGGGAGGGAGCCAAGCUCCACGCUGGAAGGGCCUACCUCCCGGGCAAACCAACUCUCCAGUGGACCAACUUUGACCCCAAGGAGCUGCUGAAGGAGCUGAGGCUGUUCAGUUGGCCCGCUGAGGUGUGGGAGGAGAUGCUGGAGAAGGCCGACGUGGGCCACGGCUACAUGGACCGUCCCUGCCUCAACCCGGCCGACCCCGACUGUCCCCUCAGCGCCCCCAACAAGAACACCACCAAGCCCUUCGACAUAGCUCGCGCGCUCACAGGCGGUUGCUACGGACUCUCCAGGAAGUACAUGCACUGGCAGGAGGAGCUGAUCGUGGGCGGGGCCACCAAGAACGGCAGCGGGCCCCUCCUCAGGGCCCAAGCUCUCCAGACCAUGUUCCAGCUGAUGACCCCCAAGCAGAUGUUCGAGCACCUGCGAGACUACCAGCAGGUGUCCCACAUCAACUGGAACGAGGACAAGGCUGCCGCCAUCCUGGAGGCCUGGCAGAGGAGAUACUCUGAGGUGCCACCUCCUCCUGGUCUCUCUCCGUCUCUGUCUCUCUAUCUCUCUCUGUCUCUCUCUCUGUCUCUC